CACUGCAGCCGCUCCACAACCACACACAGUUCUCGCAAGAAGCUCAAUCCGAUCACUCCAAUCCAAACAGUCAAUACAGACCAAACUAUUUCAAAAUGUUCAAGUUGGUGGUAUUGUCUGCUCUCCUCGCCGUAGCUGCUGCCCGUCCCGGUCACCUGCUGGAGUCCUCCCCCGUGGUCUAUUCCGCCCCGGCUACCACAACCAUCGUGCAGGAGCCCUACCUGGCCAAUGUGGGUUCCGUGGUAAAGAGCGUUCCCACCUCUGUCUCCCACCAGAGCCAGUCGGUGGUCCACAGCUCUGCCCAUGUCGUCCAGGAUGUUGUCGCCCCCGUGGUCAAGACCUAUGCUGCCCCCGUUGUCCACACCAGCUACGCUGCUGCUGCCCCUGUUUACCAGACGACCUACGCCGCUGCCGCCCCAGUGGUGCACACCAGCUAUGCGGCCGCCGCUCCCGUUGUGGCCGGCCACUAUUCUGCAGUGGCCGCCUCCUCGCCGCUGACCUACACCGCCACCGGUGUGUGGUAUUCAAGAGCGAGUAUAAAAGAGAUUGACAGUCCCUCAGCGAAUCACACUCCAAGUCCAUCUCUUCGACACGACACACGUCAAAGAAGCCCAAAGAAAGCCCCCGUCAAAAUGUUCAAAUUGUUCGUUCUCGCUGCUCUGCUGGCCGUUGCCGCGGCCAAGCCCGGCCAUCUGGCUGCCGCUCCCCUCGUCUACAGCGCCCCAGCCACGACCAUCGUCCAGGAGUCGUCGCUAGCCAAGAUCGGAGCCGUCGUGAAGAGCGUGCCCACCGCCGUCUCCCACCAGAGCCUCACCCAGGUGCACAGCACCCCGGUGGUGGAGGAUGUGGUUGCCCCAGUCGUGCGGACGACCGCCGUCCACUCCGCUCCCCUCGUCAAGACCGUGGCUGCUGCUCCUGUGGCCUACUCUGCACCGCUGACAUACUCUGCGCCCGUGGCUUACGCCUCUCCUCUGGCCUACUCCCACCCCGUGGCCUACUCCUCGCCCGUGGCCUAUGCCGCUGCUCCUGCCCAGUACCACGCCCCCCUCACAUACGCCGCCCACGCCUGGUAAAAAGUGAGAGACCGAGAACGAAAGAUUUUGAACAGUUCCUUGUUGACUUGUGUCCGUCCCGCGAAAGAAAUAAAGCAAACCGAUAUAAAAUUUGA